AUGGACGAAGCCGUGAGACCCAGCUACAAGCCCAGCUUUGGUGAUCGUUUGCUGGUGGGUUUCUUCCAUAUCGUCAACAAGUUCAUCCCAUGGCACAAGCUCCCCAGCUUGGUCGGCGCCAUCAACUUGGAGGCCUUACGCGUCGAACUUCGCCAGUACAACUUGUAUGAUGUCUAUCCUUCCGGAGCUGCCCAAGGUACCCAGUCCACCGUGCCCAUGACCGACAAACGAUUCGAAACUGCCCGCAACUCGGAUGGCAAGUUCAACUCUACCGAGAUGCCACUCAUGGGAUGUACUGGGAUGCGUUUGGGACGCAAUUUCCCACGAGCCUUUUGCCCCAAGCCAUACGAGGAGGAUCUGUGGAAUCCAAAUCCAAGAAUGUUAAGCGACCGCUUCAUGGCACGAAAAUCCUUCAUUCCAGCCACAACCCUGAACCUCCUUGCCGCAGCCUGGAUUCAAUUCCAAACCCAUGACUGGUUCUUCCAUCAGGAUAGCGACAAGAACUACGACAUCCCUUUGCCUCAUGGAGACAAGUGGCCGUAUGGCAAAAUGGAACUGCCCCAGACGGAGCCGGAUGAGAUCCUCAGCGAGACUGACCGCAAGUGCCCCGGCUACAAGAACGUCAAUACGGCAUGGUGGGACAGCUCGCAAAUCUACGGCUCCGAUGAGAGCGUGACGCAGACACUCCGAAACAUGCAUAGCGAUGGGAAGCUGUUGCUCACCAAGGAAUACCACGCACAGUUCCUGCCGCGUGAUGCCCAGGGCAACCCGCUGACGGGGUUCAACAACAACUGGUGGAUUGGCAUGGAGAUGUUGCACACUCUUUUCGCAUUGGAACACAACUCGAUCUGCGACAUGUUGCGGCGAAACUACCCUGAUUGGAAGGGCGAUCAGAUCUUCGACAAGGCUCGGCUUGUCAACUGUGCGCUGAUGGCCAAGAUCCACACAGUGGAAUGGACCCCAGCCAUUCUCGCCCACCCGACGCUCAAGAUCGGCAUGAACGCGAAUUGGUGGGGGCUUGUCGGCGAGUCCUUGACAAAGUUGUUGGGUCGUAUCUCCAAGACAAGUGAAGUCAUCAGCGGCAUUCCAGGCUCAGGAGUUGACCAAUUUGGCGUGCCGUAUUCCCUCACCGAGGAGUUUGUCUCAGUUUACCGUAUGCACUCUCUCAUCCCGGACUCCAUUGCCUUCUUCGACGCGCAUGACGGCGAACUUAAGCUCCACAAGCAGGUUGAGGACAUGCUCUUCACUAACGCUCAGAAACCGCUCGACGGUGAUAUCACCUUUGCUGACGCUUUCUACUCCUUUGGCAUCAACUACCCCGGCGCCAUCACCAACUCCAACUACCCAGACUUCCUCCGCAAUCUGACCACCCCCGACGGGCUACAUCGAGAUAUGGGGACCGUGGACAUCCUUCGAGACCGCGAGCGUGGGGUGCCACGAUACAACCAAUUCCGACGGCUGCUGCGCAUGCCACCGGCCAAAACCUUUGAGGAGUUGACGGGCGGCGACAAAGAAUUGGCUGCAGCGCUCUCAGACGCGUACGGCGGCGAUAUCGAGCUGGUGGACACGCUGAUUGGGUCACACAGCGAGCCUUUGCCGGCUGGGUUCGGGUUCAGCGACACGGCGUUCCGCAUCUUCAUCCUCAUGGCGUCGCGCCGGCUGAAGAGCGACCGCUUUAUCGCGGGCCAGUGGAACGCCGCAACGUACACAAAGGAAGGCCUGAAUUGGGUGCAGAACACGGGUAUGAAAGAUGUCCUCAUCAGACAUUUCCCCGAGCUGAAACCGGUGUUGGACAACAAGAGCGUCAAGAAUGUCUUUGCUCCGUGGGCAAAGUUGCCUGGGUCUGUGUCGUACAAGGGAAUUGAGACCAACCCGCCACCCAAGAAGAAGAAGUAA